AUGCUCAUGCUCAUUGGAGACGACCGGGACUCGACCGGGACCUCUUCCCCAGGAGAGGACCGGGACCUCUUCCCCAGGAGAGGACCGGGACCUCUGCCCCAGGAGAGGACCGGGACAUCUGCCCCAGGAGAGGACCGGGACAUCUGCCCCAGGAGAGGACCGGGACCUCUGCCUCCACACAUAUUCAUGGAACUCUCUGUGUCACAUUACUCUGCUGUGGUCUCUCCUCAUCCUCUCUCCUCCCCCUCUCUCCUAUGUCCUCCCCUUCUCUUCUAUCUCCUCCCCCUGUCUCCUUCUCUCCUCCCCCGCUCUCCUAUCUCCUCCCCUUCUCUUCUAUCUCCUCCCCCUGUCUCCUUCUCUCCUCCCCCUCUCUCCUCUCUCCUCCCCUUCUCUCCUAUCUCCUCCCCCUUGCUCUCCCUGCACUCCUAUCUCUUCCUCUCCUCUCCCUCUCUCCUAUCUCUUCCUCUCCUCUCGCAUCCCCCUGUCUCUUCCUCCUCUCUCCUCCCCCUCCCCCCUGUCCUCCUCCUCUACACCUCCUUCUCUCCUCCUCCUCUCGCUUCCCUCUCCCUCUCUCCUCCUCUCUUCUCCCUCUCUAUUAUCCCCUCAUUUUUCCUCCUCCUCUCUCUUCCCUCUCUCCUCCUCCCUCUCUCCUCUCCUUCCCCUCUCUCUCUCCUCCCCGUGUCUCCUCUCUCUCCUCUCUCCUCCCCCUCUCUCUCCUCUCCUACACCCUCUCCCUCUCCUCCGCGUCACUCGUCUCCCUCCUCCCCUCUCUCCUCUCCUUCCCCCCUCUCUCUCUCCUCCCCGUGUCUCCUCUCUCUCCUCUCCCUUCCUCUCUCCUCUCCCUCUUUCCUCACUCUCUCCUCUCCCUCUCUCUUCCCCCUCUCUCCUCCCCCUUUCUGCUCCCCCCUGUAA